AUGUCAUUUGUUAAUGUGCUGAAAAGAGGAGAUGAUUUCCUUAAUGAACAUGAUCGUGAUUCUUCAAUUUGGAGGGCAUGUUCAUACGCCACAUGUUUGUUUACUGUAGGAGCUUCUAAAUUGGUAUUGAAAACAUUCUACAAUGUAAAAGUGGCUAAUUUAGAAAAAUUAGAAGCAGCUCUAGAAGACUCGAGAAAGGAAGAUAGAGGACUGCUAACAAUAAUGAAUCACAUGUCUGUGGUUGAUGAUCCAUUUCUUUGGGCUGUUUUCCCUUGGAGAUUAUAUAGAAAUCUUGAUGAUAUUAGAUGGGGUUUAGGUGCUGAUAAUGUUUGCUUUAAAAAUUCAUUUUUCGAAUAUUUUUUCUCUUUGGGUCAAAUUUUAUCUACAAAAAGAUUUGGUACAGGUCCAUUCCAAGGAUCGAUUGAUGCCUGUAUUAGAUUAUUAAGUGAAAAUCGUCGAACUUUACAAAAUAAGGAUUCAAAUCUCUCUAUAUCCGAAAGCCUCUCCAAUGAAUACCUUUUAGAUAGUUCUUUUAAAAGAAGUAGACCCCCUUGGGUUCAUGUAUUUCCUGAAGGGUUUGUGUUACAGCUUUUCCCACCAUUUUCUAAUUCAAUGAGGUAUUUCAAAUGGGGCACUGCAAGACUAAUACUUGAAGCAACAGAACCACCCAUUAUUGUUCCAAUUUUUUCAACAGGGUUUGAAAAAAUAGCCCCAGAAAACACUGCAGAGCAAGGUAUAAAACGUUAUCUUCCUGCAAACAUAGGUGCAGAAGUUAACGUUACGAUUGGUAACCGAAUUAAUGAUAAUAUUAUUGAAAAAUAUAGAGACGAAUGGAAAGAUUUGGUUAAAAAGUAUGGUGAUCCAAAUAAUCCGUACGAUUUAUCUCAUGAACUAAAAUAUGGGAAGGAAGCUGAAGAUUUAAGAAGCAGAGUUGUAGCAGACCUACGAGCACAUGUAGCACAUAUAAGGUCUCAACAAGCACUGCCAAAUGAAGAUAAGAAAUUUGCUGAUCCUAAAUGGUGGAAAUUAUAUACUAACUCUGAAGGUGUAUCUGAUCCUACUGUAAAAUUUAUUGGAAAAAAUUGGGCAGUAAAGAGAUUCCAGAGUUUUCUGAAUGUUAUGCCAGAAGGUGCUAAUGAUGAAAAGAAUAAAGGUUGA